UCACCAGUAGAUGGAGGCUUGGACAUAAUUUCUCUUUACUGGAAUAAUUUUGACAAUCAGGAAAGUGCUAACAUCUACUAUGACCUGCAUACAAAUGGCUCUAUUCUACAAAAAGUUACCCAGGACAUCAACAUGUACUUCCCGGAACUUAACUUUCAUGCUAGCUGGAUCUUCAUUGUAACAUGGCAUAAAGUUCCCUAUUUUUCAAUGGCUGAAACACAAACAACCUUUCAGGCAGUCUUGGCCUCCAAUGCAAAUUACUCCUUUGUGAUACUGAAUUAUGGAUCCCUACUAUCCAAACUCGUUUCAGUUGAGUUGGGAAAUAACACAGCCUUUUCCUGUCACCACUUCCAUAUCCUUGGAUCAGUCUCUAAUAAUACAAUCCAAAACAGCACUCUUUUAAGCCCUGGAAGUAACGUCAAUCUAUCUGGUCGCUGGGUUUUCCGUGUAGAUGGUUCAAAUGACGACACUGGACCCCUAUACCCGAUUGAAGGAACAAAAAGCUCUAGACAAGAUGAUGGAAGCUCCCCACGAAUUGUACUCCUCAAAACCUUCAACUACUUUGGCAUAUCCUACUCUCAGAUUUAUGUGAACCACAAUGGACAUCUGACUUUUGAUGAACCUUGGCAUAGUUAUUCACCAGAAAAGUUUCCAAUGGAUGAAGACAGAGACAUCAUUGCUCCAUUCUGGACUGAUUUAAACAAUAUACUAGGUGGUAACAUCUACUAUGUUCAGUAUACCAACGGGGCUAUCCUACAACAAGUUACCCAGGACAUCAACUUGUACUUCCCAGAACUUAACUUUCAUGCCAACUGGAUAUUUAUUGCAACUUGGCAUAAAGUUCCCUAUUUUGGUAUGCCUGGAACGCAAACAACCUUUCAAGCAGUCUUGGCUUCAAAUGGGAAUUAUUCAUUUGUGAUUCUAAAUUAUGGAUGCCUUACAUUUACAAGAUAUCCAUUUCAGGCUGGAUAUGAUACAUCCUAUUCCUGUCACCACUUCAACAUCCUUAAAUCAUUCUCUAGUAACACAAUCCAAAACAGCUCUAUUUUAAGCCUCAGUAGUAAUGUUAAUGUUCCUGGUCGCUGGGUUUUCCAUGUGUCUAAUGGUUCAAGGGGCUGCACUUUUAAUGGUUGUCAAUUAAAGAAGACACCUAUAAAAGCCCAAAUCGUUGGGAGUCAGGAUGCAACCCCUCAGCAUUGGCCUUGGCAAGCAAGCUUAUGGCAAGGUGGUUCCUCCUUUUGUGGAGGAUCCCUGAUAACUGACCAGUGGGUGCUGACUGGUGCUGGCUGUGUAAGAAGCGGAAUCAGCACUAUUGAAGUCCAUCUGGGUUUCCAUGGUUUAUCAAGUCUCAAUUCCAACAAAGUGAUUCGGGGGAUUGACGGCUUUAUUUGCCAUCCUGCCUAUAAUUCUAUGUUGGAGAAUGACAUGUGCCUGCUGAAGCUGUCAUCUCGGGUCAGGAUUACAGACUACAUACAGCCUGUGUGUUUAGCCUCAGGGGCCAGCACAUUUCUCAAUGGUACUACCAGCUGGGUCACUGGUUUUGGUGACUUUGGUAAUGGGACACAUGACAUCCUCCAGGAAGUAGAACUACAAAUUGUGGGAAACAAGGAGUGCUCUUGUCACAAUCAAGACAACAUCACAGAGAACAUGAUUUGUGCUGGUCUUGAUCUGGGAGGAAACAACUCAUGUCAGGGAAGAGAAGCAGGAGGACCACUGGUGGUGUUCAAUGGGUUUACGUGGGUGCAAGGUGGAUUGGCGAGUUUCAGGGAUGACUGUGCCGUUCCACAGAAACUUGGAGUCUUCAACCGAGUGUCAAAGUAUGAGAAAUGGAUCAAUGAAACUGUCACUGAAAGGAAACCAGGCUUUGUAACCUUCACCUCCUCAGGCACCGACUCCGACUUGAACUUUACCUGUUGUACAUCAAUGCCUUGCAACUCUGGUGGUAAUAUUUUUGGCAGCAAUGAAAACAUGAGUCUCUUCACUCAGUUCUUGGUUCUUUUGGCUCUUGCUCUAUGUUUCCCAUGUCUUUAAUGGUAGUAUGGCCAAGUAUGGUACGGGUCUUUAAUUGUCCAAUGCACUUUUAAAAUAAUUUGAAUCUUUUUCCUCUCAUAGUGCCGCUCUUUGCAGCUGGAGUCAUAUAAACCAAUUUUGAAUACUUUGAUAUUGCUUUAUUUAGAAUCUAAUACUUUAUGGUAAUCUUAAUCUACAGUGCUGUUUCCAAUCCAAAUUAAACAUUUAACUAACCAAGCACUUUAAUGGCUAAGUGAUAUGAUCACAAAUGGUUUGAUUCGAACGGUAUUUUAUUCAAACCAUUUAAAUCUUUAUUUUUAUGUUCUUUGAUUUACAGGCUUUUAUGAGUAAAAAUAAAUAUGCUUUUCAAAUUUGAAUUAGUUUUCUAUUAUCUGCGUUCUGCAAACAUUUUAUGAUAACCAAAUAUAUGCUUUUCAUUUCUAAAAUCCAUCUAAAAAUGUAUCUUUACACAUUAAGC